AUGGUUCUAUGGCCUGAAGCUCUCUCCACUCCACCUUGCUUGCCCAUGCUCGUUCCUCCCUCCCUCCUCUGCAUACCCCAAUCCCCUUCCAACAACCCACACCUUUCCAGCUCUUCCAACCCAUCAAGGCAGUGCGCUACAGUAUGCUCCUCCCCUCGCCCUACCCCAUUUCCCUCCCUCAUUGCUUUCCUCAUUGCCUCUUCCUCCUUCUCUACCCUCCAUUCCACCACCCAAAAUCCCACACCUUUCCACCUCUUCCAGCGCAUCAUGGCAGGGCCCUAUGCAUUCACAAUCUUCCCCACCCCACUCACCUCCUCCCACCCCACUCACCUCCUCCCACCCCACUCACCUCCUCCCAUUCCACUCAUCUCCUCCCACCCCACUCACCUCCUCCCACCCCACUCAUCUCCUUCCACCCCUCUCACCUCCUCCCACCCCAAUCACCUCCUCCCACCCCACUCAUCUCCUCCCACCCCACUCACCUCCUCCCACCCCACUCACCUCCUCCCACCCCACUCAUCUCCUCCCACCCCACUCACCUCCUACCACCCCAAUAAUCUCCUCCCACCCCACUCAUCUCCUCCCACCCCACUCACCUCCUCCCACCCCACUCAUCUCCUCCCACCCCACUCACCUCCUCCCACCCCAAUCAUCUCCUCCCACCCCACUCAUCUCCUCCCACCCCACUCAUCUCCUCCCACCCCACUCAUUUCCUCCCACCCCACUCACCUCCUCCCACCCCACUCAUCUCCUCCCACCCCACUCAUCUCCUCCCACCCCACUCACCUCCUCCCACCCCAAUCAUCUCCUCCCACCCCACUCAUCUCCUCCCACCCCACUCACCUCCUCCCACCCCACUCACCUCCUCCCACCCCACUCAUAUCCUCCCACCCCACUCACCUCCUCCGACCCCAAUCAUCUCCUCCCACCCCACUCAUCUCCUCCCACCCCACUCACCUCCUCCCACCCCACUCACCUCCUCCCACCCCACGCACCUCCUCCCACCCCACUCACCUCCUCCCACUCCACUCACCUCCUCCCACGCCACUCACCUCCUCCAGUAGUGCCCCAUCCAUCCUUCCUACCCUCUCCAACCGUCAGCUGCUCAUUAUUUCAACGCUGUCGUGCUGUGCCCAUCACCUCACCUCAUCUCAAAUGCUUUCAUCCGUCCAGUGUAUGAACCAACUUUCCCCCUCCACCUCAGGUCCUCCUCCUCUGCCCGCCAUCACCCUCUCGUCUGCUCCCACACCAUACCAGCCAAGCAGCAGCACUAUUGUCAUCGCAUCUCCAGGCAGCAUCCUUCCCUCUCUUCCACAUCACCUACACUGA